AUGACGCCCCUAAUGACUCAACCAGCUUUCCAUGCACAGUUUUCUCUAUAUCAAGUUUUGAGUGUAGUGGGCUGUGGGCCCCAAACCUUGAAUUCUGACUUUGAAGGAGGACUUGUCUCUAAACAUGCAAUAGUUGCCUCAGCCAACACAAGAAUCCAAGAUACACGGUUGAUUGGAAUAGAGGAACAUGAGGGGAAGCAGACUUCUAAGGAUGCCCUUUAUAACUGGCCACUAGAAAAAAUUGGUAUAAAUGGCUGUACAAAAGAUAGUAUCUCUAUCACCCAAUUUCCUACGGAAUCCGAAGAAUCAUUACCAGUGUUUUAUAUUGUAGGACAUGUAUGUGAUGCACUAUCGGUGGAUCCAGAGUCUCGCUGCUGCCCUGUAAAAGGAGAGCAAUUCUCUUGUCAUGGAUGCAGUCUAGUUUCACAGUGCUGCGAUUCAUACGAAUUUUGUGUUUCAUGCUGCUUGCAUCCAGCACGGACUCAAGAAGCACUAGCACUGAAGGUGAAGAUAGCUAAGCCUGUAACAGCAGGGACCUAUUCAAGUCUUUUUGACUUCUGUGCUGGGAGGUGUCGUCAUAAUUCUCAGAGUGUGGUUCAUGAAAACGCUUACCUUAGUGAUUUCCAUCAUUGUUUUUCUAUGGCACCUAAUUCUUCAGGUGAGUGUGGAGAUGUUUUUGCUUCAAGAAUAGGGGGAAAUCGAAGGGGGAGUCUCCACGGGGUCAAGAAGUCUCAGAGGUUUCAAAGGGAAGGAGGAAAAAGGAGAAAGAAGAAAGAAGAAAGAGGCGAUUUGAAGAUCAAAGGAGGGGAGAGAUGGGGUUUAGUCGUUCAAAUGCGUUUUGUCCAACUAGAUGUCUUGCCCAGGUAUGCUGCUACAGAGGGAUCUGAUUCUGGUGGGUCAACUGAUGUGCAAAUGGAAGCAAGACUGGCUGGCAUUAGUGUUAUUAUUGGAAGGCAAGGGGAAUCUUGUGACUUUGUUUGCAAGUCAAAUGGCAAAUCAUGUCUCCCCAACAAACUCGCUUUGCUUAAUCAGUGUGAAAUAUUUUAUGUAGCUGACUCCACAAGGAUGUAUCGGGAGGAUGAAUUGGGUAUAAGCCUUAGCAUGUAA